GGAAGAAUUCUUAUUAGCCGUAUUGCAGGAAUGAAGCAACUCAAGAGCCCGGGGGUGAAGUGAGAGUCGCAGCAGGGGGCAACAUGGGCACCCAGCAGGGAGACAGUGCCAGCCUGAUGCUGGAGUUUGCCGCCCAAGCCUUCCAAGCGAAGAACUUCCAGCUGGCAUGUGAGAUCUAUGAGAGGCAGCUGCAGGAGCAGCAGUCCGGGGUGGUGGACUGGGGGCUGCUGCUCAGGAGGGCAGACUGCCUGGCAUACACUGGUAAACUGCAGGAUGCCUUUCACUUGUACCAGGAAGCUGCUGCCCAGAAGAAGCUGCGUGUGGAACAGCUGGAGACACUGGUAUCCUGCCUGGCAGAUCAGCUGAGGGAAAGAGAAUCGCUGCCCCUGUGCCCACAGUGGGGGAUCCUGACCUGUAAGGAGUGCCAGGGCUUUCUCUACGAGCCUGUGACUCUGCCAUGUGGGCACACCUACUGUAAGAAGUGCCUGGAGAACCAGAGAAGUAGGAGCCAGUGUAAAAUGUGCAGCAGGGUGGCCCAGGAGGGCACAGAGCAUCCCCAUAGAGUCAAUGUGCUCCUCAGUAACAUCAUAGCAAAGUGGUUUUCCUGUGAGGUCCAGGCUGCCAAGCUCAGGCAUGAGGGCAAUGCCCUGCUCGGUGCCAGCAAGUUCCAAGAUGCACUGGAGAAAUACAAUGAAGCAAUCUCCUUAGUUUCACUUGACCAUUUACUGUAUAGCAACCGUUCUGUGAUUCACCUCAAUCUAAAAUCCUAUGAACUGGCACUAAAUGAUGCUGAAAUUGCUUGCAAGCUGCAGCCAUAUUGGUUAAAAGGGCAUCUGAGGAAAGCACAAGCUCUGGUAAAUCUGGGAAAAACUGAAGAUGCUUUAAAAGAAUUCCUUUACUGUCUCGUACUUGACUCUGGGAAUAAGACCGCAACAUCAGAAGCUCAGAAGCUGUUGCUAAACAUUUUAAGUCCUGGACACAGUCAGGAAGACUUGCCAGAUAUCCUGCAAAUAAUGCCUCAUCCCUCAAGGGUAAAGGGAAGUCCUCUGAAUUCAGUAGGCUCCUCAGACUACGGCUGUAACACACAGAGAUUAUAUAGGAUUAAUAUGGAAUAUAAAAAAUCCCUAAAGGCUCCGGAAGAAGUUAACCCAGCUGGGUGUAAAGCUCCGUGGAAGUUCAUGCAGACUAAAGAAAAUAAAACUGAUGUGGAGGGUCAGAAGACCUCAUCGGAGGAGAAAUCCCUAAUAUUGCCUCUGAGAUGUAAGACUAUCAAGAGGAAACUGUCUUCGGAUGAUGCAAGUGAUGGUAGAAUGAUGGAAAGGCCAUGCAAGUUCCCAAAAAGAGAUGUAUCUGCAAAUAGUGGAGACCAAGAUGUAUCUGUCUCUUCAUGUGUGGACCCAUCGGAUCUGGACUGUUCUCUCUGUAUAAGGUUGCUAUAUGAACCAGUUACUACCCCCUGUGGACACACAUAUUGCCUCAAGUGUCUUGAGCGAUGCCUUGACCACAACCCCAAGUGUCCAUUGUGCAAAGAAGACCUAUGUGAGUACCUGGCCAUGAGAAAUUUUUGUAAAACAGACCUGACGGAAGAGCUCAUCGCCAAAUACUUUCCUGAGGAACUCAAAGAGAGGAAGAUGGUCUAUGAAGAGGAAAUAGCAGAACUUUCUAACUUGAACACAAAUGUACCGAUCUUUGUGUGCACAAUGGCAUACCCUACAGUUCCAUGCCCGCUACACAUAUUUGAACCUUGUUAUCGCCUGAUGAUUCGAAGAUGCAUGGAAACUGGUACCAAGCAGUUUGGCAUGUGUAUUGGAGACUCUGUUAAAGGGUUUGCAGAUUAUGGCUGCAUUUUGGAGAUCAGGAAUGUAGAGUUCUUUGCUGAUGGCCGUUCUGUAGUAGAUAGUAUUGGAAAAAGGAGAUUUAAGGUCAUUCGACACAGUCAGCGGGAUGGUUAUAACACAGCCGAUAUAGAGUAUAUUGAGGAUGAAAAAGUUCAGGAAGAACAUUAUGCAGAAUUGCUUGGAUUGCAUGAUUCUGUAUAUGAUCAAGCUUAUACUUGGUUUACUAAACUGAAACCAGCACUAAAAAAUCGUAUUUUAAGUCAUUUUGGACCCAUGCCUGCUAAAGAAACUGAAUUACAGGUAAACCCUAAUGGUCCUGCAUGGUGCUGGUGGAUUCUAGCAGUUCUUCCUCUGGAGAGCAGGGCACAGCUUCCUUUUCUCGCUAUGACAUCCCUAAAGGAUCGCUUAACCAGCAUCCGGCGUGUCCUUCUAUUUAUGUGUCGUACACGAACACAAUAAUGCCAUUGUACCUACCUACAUUCCAUGAAGUGCAUACGUAUUGUAUGUGCCAGAAAUCUAUGUCACAUUACAGAAGACUUUCAGCCCUCAGAUUUAAUUUAUUUGCAAUUUUUUUUUCCAACUGAUGAAUGAGAUCGGUGCAAAACCUGGACAUCUUUUUUUAUCAAAUGCAGUAUACAGAUAUUUUCUUUAAAACUCCAAAUUUUGAUAAAGUUUUGUUAUACAAAAGGAGUUUUUACAGAGAUGUACAGAUUUGUGGUCAUCAUGAUGCUUAAUAAUUUAUUUUUUCAUUACCAUUCCUCCUGCUUGAUGUGCGAAAUUCACAGUGAAACAAAAAAACUGAAAAAUGUUGUUACCUUUAUUUAUUUCCUGUUAUCGGAAUUUUGUUAUUAAUUAAAAAAAGAACAAUAAUUUUAGAAAC